AUGAGUACUACUUUCAGACUCAGUCGUCCACUGUUUGAGACCCACACUGUAAAAGUAUCUGAGGCGCUAGGCUUUAAAGAAGAUCACCUUCUUGCGGGAGGUGCAACUGCCCAAGUUUUCCUCGCUACAGACGUCAAUAAUCCGAAGAAGAAGAAAGCUCUGAAGAAAUUCAUUUUUCUGGAGAAUGGAGACCCCGUGGAUAAACCAAGGAAAUGGUUUUAUUUCGUCAACGAGGUGGCCAUGCUUCAAGACCUCCGCCAUCCCAACAUCAUAGCAAUGGAGAGAGCGGCUAGUUGCCCAGAGUCUCUGGUCAUGGUUUUGGAAUUCCACCCUGUGGAUUUGUUCGACGCCUUACCUCGUAUCUCGGAUGAAGAAGCUACUCGCUACUUUACCCAGAUUACCGAGGCCUUGAGCUACCUACACAGCCGACGUGUCGUGCACGGUGAUGUAAAACUGGAAAAUGUAUUGGUGAGUAAAGAUGGAGUGGCAAAGCUUUGUGACUUUGGACAUGCUCAGGUAGUUCCUGAAAACACGGACAGUUUGAAGGAAUGGGGUAGUUGUGCAGCCUACCACGGACCGGAAUUCAAAAGGGGCCAUCCUGUGAAAGAUGCUUUCAAGCUUGAAGAUUUCUGUGUCGGCGUUCUACUGUGGGCACUUGUGUUCCGUAAAAAGCCCCAGAAAAACACGGACUACCUGAAGCUGUUGGACAAUGAUAAAUCAGUCUCGCCCGCCUACAGACAAUGUGUGCAACGUCUACUGUGUGCAGAUCCGACAGAGCGGUCUUCAGUCUGCCAGAUCCUACAAAUCCUCAACACCAACGGUCACCCAGAACUUCGUGUCCGACAAAACGUCUCCGCUCAAUCUCUCGUUACUGCACCAAUCACAUACAAUAGCACCGGCGAGGAAGUAGCGAGUCCGAACUUCGGUAACUCACCCAUCGAGCAAAAACCAUCUUCAUCGUUCUGCCUUCCUUUCAACGAGUUCAGCUAUCAACAUCCAGGAUAUGACCAACAGUUCGUGCACCCCUCACACUCUGUAAACCUUCAGUAUUUCCCACGUGAGACACCGACACAGUACUACUACAUGAACCAGAACAGUGGACUGGCAACCUUUCACCCGGCCUGUACAUAUUUCGAUUCCUCGGCCUAUCUGACAGAAACAACAACCCAGUGCCCGCAGCAUGUAGAUAUCUCUUCUUCACAAUAUCACCAGUCUCCGUUGGAUCUACAGAGAGCCCAAUGGCCUGUGGUCACAGACACAAAUCAGAACACAGUUCAGCAAUCUGCUCCCCCGUCACUGGGACACUCUCAGUUUCUCACACACCAUCAAAACUGUUACCAGCCUGACCCUACAGCUUGUUUCCAGUACGUGGUACCUUCGUCUUUCCCUGAGUACUUUCAGCUUUCUACAUUUCAACAGUAUCAGCAGUAA